AUGGAAGAACCCUUUCCAACUCUAGUAUCUUGUAAGCCCUUAACAUCUGAAUACAGUCAUUUACAAGAAAUCAAAUUAUCUUCUUCAAAUUUUACGGUCGGUCGAGGUCUGGAUAAUUUAUUGCAAAUCCCAUUACUAUCGAUAUCAAGAGAGCAUUGUAAGUUAAGAAAAGAUGAAAAUAAUUGGAUCAUAGAGGACUACAGCAUGUUUGGGAUCAUCAUUAAUAAAAAACGUGUGGGAAAAGGGAACAUGGAAAAAUUAAAACAUGGCGAUAUUAUAGCAAUGGAUACAACUCACACUUUUGUAUAUAAAUUUUUGUGUGAAGAUGAAGAAGUCAUGCCUACUCCUAGCAAAAGAAUGAAACUUGAUCCAAAUUCAAACAAUACAGAUUUUAUUGAAGACAUGAAGGAGAAAUUUGAACAAUCACAAAAUAAUGAAAUUAAACACCUUGAGGAAAAAAUUAACAACACCAACCAAAUAAAAAAUACAAAUAUAUUAUUAAAAGAACAAAUGCAGGUUCACAUGGUAAGAAAAAUGAAUUUACUUAAUACUAUGUUUGCAACAAAAAUUGAAAAUUUAACAGGAGAAAAAGAUGAAAAAGAAAGACAAAGAGUAUUACUUGUUAAAGAAAGAGAUGCACAAUUGGAAACAUUGAAGCAGGAUAUGGAGGGAAAAAUUAAUGAGUUAAAGGAACAAAUAAAAAAGCACAGUGAAAUGGAAACAGACCUUUUUGAAGAAAAUGAAUCACUUAAAAUGAAAUUGGCAGAAGAAAGGGCAGAGUUUUUGUUGGAAUUAAAUAGAGAAAGUUCAGUGAAACAAGAUGUGAUUGAUAAAUUACAAGCUAAAAUGAAAGAAAAAGAAAAAAUGAGAUUAAAAGAAAAAUCAGAAUUCAUGGAAAUAUUAAAAAAGAAAACUUUAGAGCUGCGAUUAGAAAAAGAUAAGGAAUUACAGGAAUUAAAGGAGCAAAGAGAAUUAAUGGAAAAAGAUUUGACAACAGAGCUUAAUAAUAUAAAGAAAAAUCUCAAAGAGCAAGUUGAAAUAGCUGAAAAACAGAAGCAAGAAGCCCAACUGCAGCUUAAUGAACAAAUAGAAGCACUAAAAAAGUUGGAAAAUGAAGACAAAGCUAAAAUGGAUAAAUUGAAGCAUGAAAGAGAAGAAAUGGAGAAAAAAUUGCGUGAGUCUCAAAUGGAUGCUGAAAAAAAUAUCAAAGAGCUAAAGGCAAGAGUGACAGAACGGGAAGUUGAACUGGCAGCGCUGGCAGCUGAAAGGAUACAAAAACAAGCUGAACAGUCUAGUGAAGUGAUACAUUCCUUGCAGGAACAAUUAGAGAAGGUCCGCAAAGAGUUAAAGAGUGUUGAAAAUGAAAAAAAGCUACUUCAAGAAGGUGCAGCUGUUUCAGAGUCUAUGGGAGAGUGUUCCAAAAGUUUGGGAGCAAUUGGUGAUAUAAUGGAGAGUGAAUUGCAAUGCACUAUUUGCGCAGAACUAUUUAUAUGUGCAACAACCCUUAACUGUUCACAUUCUUUUUGCAAAUACUGCAUCAAUAUGUGGAAGAAAAAAAAGAAGGACUGUCCUAUAUGUCGGACGCCUAUAACAUCAGAAUGCAAAAGUUUAGUGCUAGAUUCAUUCAUAGAAAAAAUGGUGGAAAGUUUAACCCCGGAAAUGAAACAAAAGAGGCAGGACAUGCUUGAUGCACGAAAAGAAGUUGAGUCCAAAGCGGUGAUACAAGGAAAUGCGAGAACAAGUCGACGAUACGACUCAUAUGAUGAAGAAGAAGAGUACAGCGACAUCGAGUACAUCGACGAGGAGGAGGUCGAGGACGACUGCGAGAUCUACGAUCUCGGGAUCGAUGAUGAUGUCCAUUGGGAACUUACCGACGAAUUUGAUUCCGAUAGUGGAUCUGACGGCACUGGGUGGAUCGGCGGAGGACGCGUUGCGGGGCGCGAGGGCGCAUACUACGGCGGCUACGGGCGCUGCUACCGCUGCGGCGCGCGCGGCCACUGGGCGCCGGGCUGCCCGCUCGCG